AUUUCACACGACCUCAUACGAAAGAAAUAAGAGAACUAUGAAUAGUGGUGUGUGUAUCACAGGAACCACAGGAACAGAAUCAGAUUUGGAUUUUUAUGGGUUAUUGCAAGAAGUGAUUGAGCUUCAAUAUGUUGGCUCUACACAUCGACAGACGGUUGUUCUAUUUAAAUGCGAUUGGUAUGAAAUUCCUCUUGCACGAGGAAUUGUGGUUGACAGAAAACAUCGUCUUAUUGAUAUUAAUCCAAAUAGAAAACUGAGGACUUAUGAGCCUUUUAUCUUGGCCAGUCAAGCAAAACAUGUGUAUUACACUCCAUAUCCAUCACAUAAUUCUAAUAGGAAGGGAUGGCUUGCUGCAUUGAAAUGCAGAGCAAAAAGUAUUAUUGAGAUGCCAGAUGAGCAAGAAGACCAACACGAUGAGCAAGAACCCAUUUUUCAAGAUGAUGACCCUCUACCUCCCCAACCAACUAAAACCGAUUUGAUAUUCUAUGAACCUAUUCAACAUACUAAUGGGACUAUAUAUGCCAUUAAUGUUGAAUUUGAGGAUGUGAAUGAUGACAGAGAAUUUGAGGAUGAGUAUGAGGAGGAAGAAUUUGAAAAUUAUUCUACAUCUGAGGAAGAUAAUAUUGAAUACAUUUCUGAGAGUGAUAGUAGUGAUUAAUUAAUUAGUAACACAUAGAUGCUUUUUAAUUAUAGAGUAAUGCAUGUGUGUGGUAUUGUAUAAUACAAUUGGUGAUAUGUAUUGUUGAUAAAUUUAAUUGUUAAUU